AUGCAGCUGCUCCUGCGCCCGCUGGCCCGUGCGCCACUGCUCCAGCGCACUCUGUCGACCCGCGCGACGCCUACACUCCUCACGCAAACCGACCGCGUCGUCGCGCUGCAGCAGAUCACGAGCGCGUGGGAACCCGUCCCCGACCGCGACGCUCUUCGCCGCCGCUUUGAGUUUCGCGAUUUCAACGAGGCCUGGGGCUUUAUGAGCCGCACGGCGCUGCUGGCCGAGCAGAUGGGGCAUCAUCCCGAGUGGUGCAACGUCUACAACUGCGUGGACGUGACGCUCAGCACGCACGACUGCGGAGGUCUCUCGAAGAACGACGUUGACAUGGCCCUUGCUAUGAACAGCUACGCUGACGCGCUGAAGAGCUGCUGA